AUGACGGGUGGGUUGCUCAGCUGGGAAGGCGGAGCCUUCCCACGGCUUGAUCUUAAAGCCUGGAACUCUCGACUCAUGACAGCCUUCUUCCACAUCGUAUUGCGGCAACUACAAGAUCAGGCGUUCAGUGACGAAUCGCUUCACAAAGAGAUUCGACUUGCUUUCGGGCUGACCAACGCUAUGAUCACGUUCAUCGAUACGAUGGAGCGCUCCCCGCGCUAUUUGACUUCGCAGCAAGCGCAAGUGAUGCACUCGGCAUGCUCGACGUACUUGCAACUCAGCGAGGUCAUUGCGCUGGUCGCGCAGCAGCGCGACAGAGCGCGAUGGAAAGUGGUCCCUAAACACCACACAUUCCGGCACAUAGCCGAAGAUCAGCUGAGCUGUCUUUACAAUUAUCGGCACUGCCAUUGCUUCCUCGACGAGGACUUCGUGGGAUUCUGGAAGACAUUAGUACAGGCAGUGCCGAAGGAACUCUUAGAGUUCAGGUGUCUCACCCGGUGGCUCCUCAGGCUUAAGGUGAUGUGA